GCAGGCGCGCUCUCGCGGCCCCCGGUGGGCGCGCCUGCGCGUUGGCGCGCCGGCACUUCCGGGUUGCCUCGGUGCCGGCGGUGGUUCCCCGCUCGGACCCGGAGUGUUCCUCCCCCGGCUCCGGCUGUUCCCGGGGUGUUCCCGGGCAGCUCCCGCCAUGCCGGUGGCGGCCGCCGCCCCCCUGAUCAGCUCCGUGCAGAAGCUGGUGCUGUACGAGACCAGGGCUCGGUAUUUUCUGGUUGGAAGUAAUCCUGCAGAAACCAAAUACCGUGUUUUGAAAAUAGACCGCACUGAACCAAAGGAUUUGGUUAUAAUUGAUGAUAAGCAUGUUUAUACUCAGCAAGAGGUGAGGGAACUUCUCGGUCGUUUAGACCUGGGGAACAGAACUAAGAUGGGGCAGAAGGGCUCUUCUGGGUUAUCUCGAGCUGUGUCUGCUUUUGGUAUAGUAGGUUUUGUCAGGUUUUUAGAAGGCUAUUACAUUGUGUUAAUAACAAAAAGAAGAAAAAUGGCAGAUAUUGGAGGUCAUGCAAUAUAUAAAAUAGAAGAUACAAAUAUGAUCUACAUUCCAAAUGACUCUGUAAGAGUCAGUCAUCCUGAUGAGGCCAGGUAUCUGAGAAUCUUUCAAAACGUGGACCUCUCUAGCAACUUCUAUUUUAGUUACAGCUAUGAUCUGUCUCACUCCCUUCAGUAUAAUCUUACUGUCCUGAGAAUGCCACUUGAGACACUAAAAACUGAAACAACCCAGGCCCGACAAGAGAGUUUUGAUAUAUUUGAAGAUGAAGGACUUUCAACACAGGGGGGAAGUGGUGUAUUUGGGAUUUGCAGUAAGCCUUAUGAGAAGUAUGUGUGGAAUGCCAAGCUUCUGGAAGCAGUAAGAGACUCUAUUCAUCGUGACUGGCUGCUGUACAUUAUUCAUGGAUUCUGUGGGCAAUCAAAAUUGUUAAUAUAUGGCCGCCCUAUAUAUGUCACUCUGAUAGCCAGAAGAUCAAGCAAAUUUGCUGGAACACGUUUUCUGAAACGAGGCUCAAACUGUGAGGGAGAUGUUGCUAAUGAAGUGGAAACUGAACAAAUACUUUAUGAUGCUUCAGUUAUGUCAUUUUCUGCGGGGAGUUAUUCUUCCUAUGUUCAGGUUCGAGGGUCUGUCCCUCUGUACUGGUCUCAAGAUAUUUCAACUAUGAUGCCUAAGCCACCCAUAACACUGGACCAAGCAGAUCCUUAUGCACACGUUGCUGCUCUUCACUUUGACCAAAUGCUUCAGAGAUUUGGCUCUCCCAUUAUUAUAUUGAAUCUUGUGAAGGAACGUGAAAAAAGAAAGCACGAAAGGAUUCUCAGUGAAGAACUUGUUGCUGCUGUGACAUACCUCAACCAGUUCUUACCCCCAGAGCAUGCAAUUAUAUAUAUACCCUGGGAUAUGGCCAAAUACACUAAAAGCAAACUUUGCAAUGUCCUUGACAGACUGAAUGUGAUUGCAGAGAGUGUAGUGAAGAAGACUGGAUUUUUUGUAAAUCGACCUGAUUCCUACUGCAGCAUCUUGCGUCCAGAUGAAAAGUGGAAUGAACUGGGAGGUUGUGUUGUUUCCACUGGUCGCUUGCAGACUGGAGUCCUCCGAACCAACUGUGUGGACUGUUUAGAUCGCACUAACACAGCCCAGUUUAUGGUGGGGAAAUGUGCUUUGGCCUACCAGUUGUAUUCAUUGGGAUUGAUUGAUAAACCAAAUUUACAAUUUGAUACAGAUGCUGUAAGAUUAUUUGAAGAAUUAUAUGAAGAUCAUGGGGACACACUUUCUCUGCAGUAUGGAGGCUCUCAGCUUGUCCACAGAGUAAAAACUUAUAGAAAGAUUGCUCCAUGGACUCAGCAUUCCAAAGAUAUUAUGCAAACACUCUCAAGAUACUACAGUAAUGCUUUCUCAGAUGCAGACAGGCAAGAUUCUAUCAAUCUCUUUCUGGGAGUGUUCAAGCCUGCAGAAGGAAAGCCACAUCUCUGGGAACUUCCCACUGAUUUUUAUUUGCAUCACAAGAACACCCUCAGUCUCUCACAGACCAGGCAAAGCUAUACUUACUGGUGGACCUCAGGUGUGCUAAAGCAUUUGCCUCUUCCUUUUGAUGAAGUGACAUGUACUGAAAACAGACGCAAGUUGACAGUGAAGAAAUUCCACAAAUAUGAAGAGGAAAUUGAUAUCCACAAUGAGUUUUUUAGGCCAUAUGAGUUGAGCAGUUUUGAUGAGACCUUCUGCUUGGCAAUGACCAAUUCUACACGAGAUUUUAUGCCUAAGAAUGUGGGAAUUGAUCCAAGUCCAUUCACUGUUCGUAAACCUGAUGAAACUGGAAAAUCUGUGUUAGGGAACAAAAAUAAUAGAGAAGAAACUGUGCUGCAGCGUAAAACAGCUGCUAGUGCUCCUCCGCCCCCAAGCGAGGAAGCAGUGUCAAGUAGUUCUGAGGAUGAUUCUGGGACAGAUAAAGAAGAUGAAGGUGCUGUUUCUCAACGUUCAACUCCAGUAAAAGUGACUGAUACAGGAGACAAUACAAAAAUCACAGAGAAUGUAGUGCAAGCAACAAAAGAUGUGUAUGGAGUCAAUCUUUCAGAUAUCCCUUCAGAAGAUGAUCUUGCAAUAUAUGCAAGGUUUGUUCAGCUGGGACAGAGUCAGCAUAAACAAGACAAGGGCAGCCAGCAAUUUUAUUCAAAAUGCCCCUUGGAUAAGGUCAUAAAUUUAAUACCCAUCUCCUCCUUUUCUCAAGACAAUAUUUACGAAGUCCAGCCUCCAAGAGCUGAUAGGAAAUCGAUAGAGAUUUUCCAUGCACACAUUCAGGCUGGAAGAGGAAACAUGCAGCCCCUGGGAAGAGAAGACUUCCUCAUGUACAGAGAGUACAUUCGAAACAGAUACAUGUAAAUCCAAGCUGGAUUCUCCUGCCAAAUCGACUGGACUGAUAAGUCACAAAAAUAAUUUUAGAAAGGAAAUCUAGUUUUGUUAUUUGUUACUAGCUUUUCUAUUUAUUCUUUAUUCUUAUCCAUUUAUUGUAUUGUGCUUUAGGGGAAAAGGUGGUUUAAUAGCUGAUUUAAAAGGUUAUUUAAUAUCUUUUAGCUGAAAGUGUAUCCUAAGAGACUAAGUGAAUAAUCAGAGCACCCAGAGUCACUGGAGAGUAUGUAGCAAUUUGUGGCAAAGAAAAUAUGGCAUCUUUAACUUUUUUAUAUUAAUUUCUUACAUUGUUAUGUUUGCUAAUAAAACUGAAGUGAUUUGUACACAAGAAUCAGAAGAGAAUAGUUUUCUUCCUCUUUCUUCCCUGACAGAAAACAAUCUUCUUUUACAGCAGAAUAUUUUCUGAUAUUUCUUGAGGUUUUUAGCAAAGUUAAGUACUAGAAUGACUGCUUGCACUUUUCUGCUUUCUUAAGCAAAUGUGAAAAAUAUGUGGCAUAUGUCAAAAUCAAAAUUUGCAUCAACACCAAUAAACUUUGUAACCCUAA